AUGGCUGAACCAACACUUGAUGAAUUAAAACAACAACGAGCUUCCACUAAAGGAAGUAUAUCUCGGAUAAAGAAUAUCGUGGAAUCAAAUUCUAACGCCCUAACUUCAACUGAACUUGAAUGUCGCCUAGGAAUUUUGGAGUCGUAUUUUAAACAAAUAUUAGCAUAUCAAACCAAAAUAGAAGUUUUAUUACCAACAGAUACUAGUAGAGGUGAAAUAGAAGAUUUGUACAUCACCGCAAAAACUAAAAUUCUUUCGCUUUUGGGUACUGGUAGACGAAGUAGUGUCGCAGACAUGACAGUUUCUACUGUCCCACAUACAAUUAGUCAUCUUCCAAAACAACGUUUACCAAAGUUUAGUCGAAGAUAUUCAGACUAUAAAAAUUUUAUAAAUUCGUACAACAAUUUGGUAGAAAAUGAUUUAAGUUUGACAAAAAUAGAAAAAUUUAAUUACUUGCUUUCUUGUUUGAGUGAUCAAGCUCUUGGCACAGUUAAGGCUUUUCAAGUCACGGAAGCCAAUUACCCCAAGGCACUUCUUAGUUUGAAAGAGCGCUAUGAUAAUGAUUGCCUCAUUUUCUUAGAAUAUAUCUCACAGCUGAUCGAAUUACCCAAGGUUCAAAAAGCUUCUUCUGUUUCUCUACGGAGCUUGGUAGACAAUAUUUCGGCGUUGAUUAGUUCGCUACUUUCUAUAGGAUCGCAUGAGAAUAUUUGUAACGCAAUAAUAAUUCAUAUUGCGAUGUCGAAGGUUGACACAGAUACACAAUCGAAGUGGGAUGAACAACUGGACUAUAAGAAGUUGCCGGAUUGGAAGGAUUGUGCCAGCAUACUCAAUAAACGGUGCCAAUAUUUGGAAGCAAGAGAUAGCAAGCAGAUUCGUUCGGAACAAUGCGUGAAGACAUUCAACAAACAUUCAUCAACAAAGCCAACAAUAGUAAAUCCUCAUCGCCCACAAACUUCGCUUGCUGCAAACCAACGAUCCUGUAUCUUAUGUCGAGACCUUAACCAUUCAAUUACAAAUUGUAAAAAAUUUCUUGAGCUUUCGGUUAUGGAUAGAUUUUGGAAAACCAAGAAACUAGGCUUGUGUCUGAAUUGUUUAGGGAAGGGUCAUAGUGUCUCUAGAUGUCCGUCGUCUUAUAAGUGCAAGACUUGUAAACAAGCACAUCAUAGCCUUUUGCAUAGGACUCAACCUGCAGACACCAAUUCUGGUAUUGAUACUCCCUCAGAUACAUCUGGUCAAAGCACAUCGGCUGCAACUCAUUCCGCAAUGGAAAAAGAGCAAGUUCCUGAAGCACAAGUUAUUUUAGCAACAGCAUUAGUUCUUAUCAAGGACUCAUCGGAAGGCUUUCAACUCGGUAGGGUUCUACUAGAUUCUGGUUCGCAAGUCAAUUUUAUUAAUGAAAAGUUCGCCAAUUCACUUGGUCUAAGGAAACAUCGUAAGAAUGUUGACAUCGUCGGAAUAGGAGUGACUGAAACAAAAAUAAAAUAUCAAACUCAAUCAACAAUUCGUUCACGAUAUAGCAACUUUGAAAUUUCUCUCGAGUUUUUAGUUGCACCUUCCAUCACUGGGUAUCAGCCUGAAGCAUCUCUCAAUGUAAGCAGUUGGAAUCUACCUUCUAAUUUAGAGCUUGCUGAUGAGAAUUUUAAUCAACCGUCACAAAUCGAUUUAUUGUUAGGGGCUGAAGCUUUCUUCGAUUUAUUAGAAUCAGGUCAGAUAAAACUCGGAGAGGGACUUCCAUCAUUGCAACAAACUGCAUUAGGAUGGAUUGUAUCUGGAAGAUACAAAUCAAAAUAA